UGCAGUGGAGAAGAAAUAUGCUGAAGAGAGCGAGCACUCUGGUCCUCAGAAGAGGACUGUCCAUAUUGAACAAUGACAGAGUCUUCAGAGUUCAUCCAUCAGUGUCACAGGCGCUGGCGGAAAACCGACCGGUGGUGGCGCUAGAGAGCACCAUCAUCACUCACGGCAUGCCCUAUCCUCACAACCUCAGAACAGCUCUAGAGGUGGAGGCCAUCGUGCGAGCUGAAAAGGCCACCCCCGCCACCGUUGGAGUGAUUAGGGGCAAAGUUCACGUGGGACUGUCUUCAGGGGAGCUGGACUUCCUGGCCCGCUGCGACGGCUCCAUGAAGGUGUCUCGACGAGACCUGCCCUAUGUCGUUAGUCAGGGGCUCUCAGGGGGCACCACCGUGUCGGCCACCAUGAUAGCAGCGCACCGGGCUGGCAUCCCUGUCUUUGUCACCGGUGGCAUCGGGGGAGUCCACAGAGACGGACACAACAGUCUGGAUAUCAGUGCUGAUCUGACAGAACUGAGCAGGACUCCCAUCGCCGUGGUGUCCGCUGGCGUCAAGUCUAUCCUGGACAUCGGCCGCACGCUGGAGUACCUGGAGACGCAGGGUGUUUGUGUCGCCACCUAUGGGCCGUCCAAGGAAUUUCCAGCGUUCUUCUCCCCAUCCAGCGGUUUCACCUCGCCGUGUCAAGUCUGCGAUCCUGACAAAGCCGCAGAGCUCAUCGAAAGCGCUCUUUCGUUGGGCGUCCAGAGUGGCGUCCUCAUCGCCGUGCCCAUCCCUGAGGAGCACGCCGCGGCAGGCCGGCAGAUGGAGGGGGCCAUACAAGCAGCGCUGGAGGAAGCAAACGCUAAAGGCAUCAGAGGAAGAGACGUGACGCCGUACAUUCUUCAGCGAGUCAAUGAGCUGACCAAAGGAAAGUCCCUUCAUGCCAACAUCGCUGUGAUUCACAACAAUGCUAAAGUUGGCAGCCACAUCAGCUUUGCACUUGCUGCCCGGACCAAGAAGAGCGAGUCACAGAGUCAGCCAUCAGACUCCAAUAUUGUGAAGAGCGAGUCACAGAGUCAGCCACCAGACUCCAAUAAUGUGAAGAGCGAGUCACAGAGUCAGCCAUCAGACUCCAAUAUUGUUGUCAUCGGCGGGAUUAAUGUGGAUUUCAUUGCCAAAGGAAAAAGUAAAGCACUUCAAUUCGGACAGACCAACCCAGGAAGUGUGUGUCAGUCAUAUGGAGGCGUGGGAAGAAACAUCAGCGAUUGUUUAAGUCGUCUGGGCCAGCAGCCAUUGUUCAUCUCUGCCACCGGGAGGGAUGCCCACAGCGAGGCCGUCUUCCACCACUGCAGACAUAUGGUAUCUCUCACUGCCACCCACAGACAUCUGCUAUCUCUCACUAGCAGGCACAGGUUAUUUGGAUUCCAUGUCUUCUUUCUCCGGAAGAACACCAGCGGUGUGAGCAGGCUGGAAGGUGCGAGCACGGCCACGUACUGUGCCGUCAUCACGGAGGCUGGAGAAGUCAGUCUGGGACUGGGCGACAUGGACAUUCACCAGCACAUAACACAGCAAUAUGUGUCCCAGUUCAAGGAGCAGCUUUUAUCGUCUACAUUGGUUUGCCUUGAUGGAAACAUACCCAUUUCCACCAUCAGAUACGUUUGCUCCCUGGCCAAAGAGCACAACAUCAAUGUUUGGUAUGAGCCCACUGAUUCCGAAAAGGCUAGCAAGCCUUUCCUGUCAGACGCCUGGAAGUCGUUGGCCUACACCUCCCCAAAUUUGGCGGAGCUGUGCACCAUGAACAAAACGCUGGGCCUCCAGACGCCCGAAGUGCUCCCAAGUUCCUUGGAGCAGCUGGUGAGUCUGGCCGUGGCUCUCUCACGCCCCCUUCUGGAGCACAUCCACUGCCUGGUGGUGACCUUGGGGGCGCAUGGGGUGUUGGUGUGCGGGGAGCAUCACGCAGGCUCAGUCCGCCUGCAGCCCAGGACAGACAAGAAGGAGAGAAAGCUGUGUGCCGUCCACUACCCAGCUCUGAAGGUAGCAGCACGGGAGACAAUUAACGUCUCAGGAGCAGGAGAUAGUCUUGCAGGUGCCCUGAUGGCGGGGAUGGUCCAGGGUCAAGACACGGACACCUGUGUUCGCAUGGGUCUCUUGGCCGCGCGCCUGUCCCUCGCAUCGCCACACCCCAUUGCCCACGUGCUGACAGCACACUCUGUGGACCCCCACCGGGUUCCCCAUCACAGCUGGCCCCCACCCAGAUUCUUGUGGAUUGACUGAAAAUAUUUGUACGUUAUAGGCAGGAGAAAAAAAACAAGGAUUGGUUUUGUAGUGGAAAAUUUCUGUCUUAGGGUUACCUCCAAACUAAAUGCAUUGGGAGGGACACGACAUGAGAAGUCAAGAUACCCUGAACAAGUUGGUGGGGUGACACGACCCAAGAGGUCAAGUCACCCUGAACAUUGGACAGUUACAUAAGUUGUUAUGAUACAAAUCAGGCCAUCAUGGAGCGUAUAAAUAAAAAGGGAAGACCAAGCCUGAGGUGCACUCUUAUUAAUUCAUUUCAUGAGGGUCACCAUCUUUUGUCUCCGGAGACACUGUCUGUUUUCAUAUCGAUUCAAUCCAACUUUGUACUAUCUGAUUGUGAGUAAUUAAAACUGUUGUAACAAA